AUGCUUCAGGAACAGAGGAACUUGGACUGGUCAGUGACCUCUUUGAGUGUAUGGUUUAAGGCCAAGAUGUCAAUGCCUUGCAUUAACGGUUUGUCCUUUGAUCAGGAGCGUGAGUUGGUAUUGAAGAGGAUAGCAGAGGACCGGCGCAGUCAGCAGGAGAAGGCCCAAACCGAAGCCACGGCCGAGACCUCUCCAUCCAGUGGACAGGACCAGAGACUGGGCGGACGUGUGGAGACCAGUGUGGACAACCACACAUGCAUCCUCAUGAUUCGUCUUCCCUCUGGGGAAUCAAUGCGCGAGCGUUUUCCUGCAGACACUCCCUUAAGUCACGUCGUCCAAUACAUUGCCGGCCGCCACCCUUCGCUACCUGCUUUCUCCCUCCUGCAAGGGUUUCCUCGAAAGCGCUUUGGAGAAGCUGAGCUAACCUGCUCCCUCCGGUCUCUAGGACUGACUCCCAGUGCUGCACUUUGCAUACAGACCACGCCCCCCGAGACGCCUCAGGACCCGCCCAGUCCAGCAUCCCAAUUAACCGUUGUAGUGCAGACGGAGGCAGAGCCACGGGAAGAGCCAGUGGCGUCACCAAAUGAGCAACCCCAGGUGGAGACCAGGGCUUUAGAGGAACUGGAGCUGCCUCCACCUCUGCCCCAUCAGCUGUGGGAGGAAGCAGUGGGGUAUGCUGGGAUUCCUGGGGUCGGACCUCCGCUGUCAGGACCCUCUCAUUACUGGGGUCGAGGCCAUAAACUGGUGCAAGGCGAUGCAGAAAAUGAAGAACAUUUGGAAAAUGAGGAGCAACCAGAAGAAGAAUUUGUACCUCCAUUUCAUCUCUGUGGACUGCCACGGUUGCCCUUCUUCCUGGAGAACAGACAUCACUGGCCGGAGCAGGGCAACAGACUCAGGGAGGCAGAGCCUGAUGAGCCAGCAGACCCUGAGGAAGGCCGUGCAUUGCGUGGAGCUGCGGGUCAAGCAGCGGUCGAGCGUUUACAGCGAGCCGCCCAUCACGAUGAGCAGCAGUCGCCACACGGGCAUCCCUCGCCCCCCAAAAAAGCCUUUAAGACCCCCCGCGUGCCCUCUCUCUGCUCGAUGGCCUCCAGGGCCACCGUUUCCCUCAUGACAGCUCCCAGCAUGCAGUACAGCAGCAGCCUGGCGUGUUUGACCCCAGAGCUGGCCGAACUCUUGUUGGCUCAUAUGGCACGUGAACGUCUCCUCCGACCGCGUACCCUGGAGCUGUUCUUCGGCUGCCCGCUGCAGAAGUUUGUCCUAAACUGCUACCCAUACACCACCAACGAGCUGCUGCGGCAACUGAGGGCGUUUUCCUGUCUCAAACAUCUCAGCUUCGUCAACUCUCCACUCAUCACAGACGCUGGUCUUUCAGUUUUGUCCAACCUCUCAAAACUGCAGCAUCUCAACCUGUCGUCUUGUAGCAAACUAACAGACAGCUGUUUGCAGCAUAUCGCAGGACUGCGCAGUAUGACGUUCCUGGCUCUGGACCAGACCAAAGUAAGCGAUGCAGGUCUGCUGAUGUAUCUGCAGUCAGGUUCUUCUGCGCUGUGUCAGCUCAGCCUCAAUCAGACGGCCAUCACAGAGAGCACACUGAGAGUGCUGCCCACAUGUGUACCACAGCUACGAAUGCUCAGUAUUAAACACACCAAGGUGAGUGACGUGUCUGCACUCGCAGAGCUCCGAAACCUGCAGACGCUUCACUUGGACGGCACAGGUGUACGAGAAAAUACUCUCCAGUGCCUUGCAACCCACCCCAGCCUAUCAGCUCUCAGCCUGGCCGGCAUACCGGUCGCCGACGGAAACCACACGCUGGAGAUCAUUUCAGGCCUAAGGCUUACCCAGCUCACCCUGCCCGGCAGACACUCUGUGACAGACAGUGGGCUUACGUUUCUCUCCAGACAGACUUUGCUCUUAGAACUCGACCUGACGGACUACACUCAGCUCACUGACCACGGCAUUACACAGCUUGCCAGCAUGACCAGGUUGAAGAAGCUGUCUCUUAGCAACACUCAGGUGAGUGACAGCGGACUGCAGGGACUGAUCAGUCUAAAAGAGCUCCAGGAACUGUGUCUCGACCGUACAGCCGUCACCAGCAGGGGUGUCGCAGCCUUGAUCACACACUUACCACAUCUGCAGGUGAUGGGUUUGGCCAGUACACAGGUGGGCGAUACGGUGAUCAGACGAGGUCUAGUUCACUGUCCACAGCUGCUGAAACUCAACCUCAGCAGAACCAGAAUCACAGAUCAGGGUCUGAAGUUCCUGUGUCGUAUGCAGCUGAGUCAAGUGAACCUGGAUGGCACAGGCGUAACUCUUGGUGGCAUUGCUAACCUGAUCUCUGCCUGCCCUCAUCUGACCAGCGUACGAGCCAGCCAUACCCGCGCCAUUCCUCCCGACCAACAGUCUGACGACGACGACGAUAACGGCAACAACGCAACACGAUCCUAGAUGUUUCUGUGUAUUCUUCAGACACGGCCAUGGUACCCUUCAGCUGUUUCUCAGAGGGCAGAUUAUUCAAAGCUUCCUUUUUCCAUAAGUAGCACUAUGAUCUCACUUGGGUUCGACAAUCAAGUUGAAAAACGUUUUUGAAUGUGGUUAAACAGCGUAAUGAACAAAGUGUUCAUACUUAACCUGCGUUUUGUCUGGAACUUGAAACGUGCCAUGAAUAUGCACACUUCAAAUUUAUAUUUUCUCUGGGCAUUUUGCAUUUUUUUUGUCAAAUAAAAUUAAUUAAAUAUAAUUUAAAAAUACUGACGACUUGUAAUACAGCAUACAACAAAAGGUGUCAUAAUUUAGAAAUAAUGAUGCUCAAAUAUUGAUAAUCAACCAUUUGCAUUACACUAACAUGCAUCUGUCCUUAACUUAACAAAAAAAGUUCUGAAUCGUGAAAUCCCCAAAAAAUGAAUAGCAUCAUCACAUUGGCGUUCGACUGUUUCUGUAUGCAUUAGUGUUGUACCUUUAAGCGUUUGAAUGCAAUAACAUUUAAAAUACAAAAACAUAAAGCUCUCAAUCAUAUCUGGAAAAAAUUCUAAACGUACCUCGAAUGCACGGUGCUGUUCUGUCUUGAUCUGACGCAAAGGUUUGUUGAAACUGUCAAAUGCAUUCUUGUUGCCAACAGUUGUCUGGUCUGAAUUAAAAUGAGACACAGACCCUGUUUUUUACAUUCAGAACUCAGGAGCUAGUCAAUGGUGCAUCAUGAACACGGUAGCGUCUUUUUCACGUUUAUUUAAAAUGCCAUGAAUUUUCAGUGUGUAUGUUCCUACAACCCCAAAAAAGGUAUUUCACUGUUAACCCACUGAAUGCUGUUUGAUGUGUUAGCAAAUGUUCGUUCUGUGACAUUAGUGCAAGUAUACAGAAAAUAUACACAACAGUUCAUUAAGGAAGUCUACUAACAAAAAUUGAGUGUGAAUGUAUGGCACAGCUCAUAUUAGAUGCAUGUUGUACAGUAAAUUCAUUCAGUCUGCUCCACAUCUGUACAGUUUAUUUUGCAGGUAACUAGGAUGGUCUAAAACUAUUUUAUACUUUAGGUUUACAACGUUAAUAAAAGCUACAUUUUGC